CUGAGUCUGAGUCCCCCUCCCCCUUCCUGGCAAGGUUCCAUGCAGACUUCUUUCGUGUCUCCAUGGCCCUUGCGAGCCAAGCCGUCCUCUGGAGGACCCUCAGCUCCGGCUCCUUCUCCGAUCCAUGGCCUCCCAUCUUCAACUCCAUCAUCGAGAAGUCCUUCUGGCUGCUGGCCGCUCUCGUCCUCUCCUCUUCCUCUCUCACCUAUCUCUUCAAGUCCAUCUUCUACUUCCACAUCGUCAAGGCCGAGUUCCUCGACCGGUGGAGAGUCAACUACCUCUUCGCCCCAUGGAUUGCCGCCAUCUUGCUCCUCCAGUGCGUCCUUCCGUCCAAAUACGACCGCUGGAGGGGCAGCAGCUUGGAGGAUAUCAAGUUCUUCAACUGGGGCCAUCUGGACUCCCUCGUCUCCCGGGCCCUCUGCUGCGCCUUCACUCUGCCCAUCCUGUUGCUGGAGCUCAAGCUCUACGGCCAGUGGUUCACCAAGGGCAAGCGCUUCCUCUCCACCGUCGCCAACCCCUCCACCCACCUGUCCCUCAUCGGCAACUUCGUCGCCGCCCAGACCGCUGCCCGUCUCGCCUGGCUGGAACUCGGCCUCUUCCUCUUCGCCAUAGGCAUCAUCCAUUACGUGGUGGUGUUCGUGACUUUAUACCAGCGUCUCCCUUGCAACGCCUCCUUUCCGGCGCAGCUGCGGCCGGCGUCCUUCUUAUCAAUCGCCGCCCCCAGCAUGGCGUGCGUUGCAUGGGAAUCCGUCUCAGGCCAAUUCGACUCCGGCUGCAAGAUGCUGCACUUCCUCUCUCUUUUCCUCUUCACCUUGCUGGUUGUAAGGCCAACGCUGUUCGUGAAAGCGAUGAAGAGGUUCAACUCUGCAUGGUGGGCGUAUGUCUUCCCCGUCACAAUGCUUGCACUGUCGUCGGCUGAGUACGCAGGGGAGGUACACUCCGGCUUGGCUCAUACAAUCAGGAGGGUCAUAUCCAUGAUCUCACUGGCCAUGACCAUGGGCUUGAUUUUACUCACAAUUGUUCACAGAAAAGCCAUGUUUCUCAACGAUUAUACGCUUUCCAUUUCUAAGACGAGAGUUUCGCCGGUGGCUUCGCCUUCUAGGACCAUGGAGGAGCAUGAUUCCUACCCAACCCUCCCUCUUUAGAAUGAAAAAAUUGUUUACUUUUUGCAAAAAAAAAAAAAAAUUGAAAGUUUUACAUAUGAAAUUAAAGGUUAGUUAUCUGCCUUUAGGCCGAGGUGGAGACACCUAGAAGUGACCAAAUCCCUUCCCCUUGAAAUUAUAAUAUUAGGAGCAGAAUCCAUCAAUUAAAAUAUUGCACAUCCAUAUUUUAGAUUAUAAAGGAGUUUGUAAUGUUCAUACAAAUCAAAUUAAUGAUCACAUACUUUCAACGGCUUGUCAAUUAACUACACUAUGCCCUUAGAGGCCUACGUCCCUUUUAGAUAGAUUGAUAUAUUGAUAGGCUAAAGCAGAAUAUUUGAUAUCAUGAAGUGUUCUUGUAAUUAAAACUUGUAGAGUUUUUAAUUGCAAAUUAAU